AUGGGCUCCACCGAACAACUACCCAAGAUGCAGUAUCGCAACCUUGGCCGCAGUGGUUUAAAGGUGAGCGUGAUCAGUUUGGGUGGAUGGGUUACGUAUGGUGGAAGUGUAGGUGAUCAGAUUGCCAUGGACUGCAUGAAGGCUGCCUUUGAUGCUGGAAUCAACUUCUUCGACUGCGCCGAAGGUUACGCGGAGGGCAAGUCUGAGAUCAUCAUGGGCAAGGCUAUAAAACAUUAUAACUGGUCUCGCAACGAUAUUGUGAUCUCCACCAAGAUAAAUUGGGGCGGCGCCUUUGGCACCAAUCCAGUCAACAACUUCGGCCUGUCAAGGAAGCAUAUCAUCGAAGGAACAACAGCAGCUUUGGAACGACUAGAUCUGGAUUAUGUGGAUCUGUUGUACGCUCACCGACCUGAUCGUGAAACACCCAUCGAAGAGACAGUACGAGCUUUCAACUAUCUCAUCAAUGCAGGGAAGUGCUUCUACUGGGGCACCAGUGAGUGGAAUGCGGACGAGAUAGCCGCUGCGUGGGCAGUGGCUGACAGGCUGCAUAUGAUCGGUCCUCUCAUGGAGCAACCCCAGUACAAUCUGCUUGUUCGAGACAAGGUCGAGAAGCAGUUCUCGAGACUGUACAGAGACCAUGGCCUUGGUCUGACGAUCUUCAGUCCGCUCAAGACUGGUAUUUUGACUGGCAAGUACAAUGACGGUAUUCCCGAGGACAGUCGCGUUGCAACGGCCAACGACAACUUCAGUAAGGGUCAGAGGGCCAGCUAUGGCAACGAAGCCUGGUUGAAGGAUAUCGAGCAGACGCGCAAGUUGAAGCCUAUCGCUGACAAGCUUGGUACCGAUCAGGCGACGUUUGCACUGGCGUGGGUCAUCAAAAAUCCCAACGUGUCGAGCGCCAUCACCGGGGCCAGCAAGAUCGAGCAAAUCGGGAAGUCUGUGAAGGCGCUAGAUCUUCUACCGAAGUUGACAGACGAGAUCAUGAAGGAGGUCGACGACAUCCUGGAAAACAAGCCCGAGCCGUUACAGUUGCGCUUUACCUAG